CCGGGCCGCCGCCAUCUUCCCGAGCGGGCCGGGGAUGGAGGGCGAGAGCACGUCGGCGCUGCUGUCCGGCUUCGUGCUCGGAGCCCUCGCCUUCCAGCACCUCAACGCGGACUCCGACUCGGAAGGAUUCCUCCUUGGAGAUGUGAAAGGAGAAGCCAAGAACAGCAUUACCGACUCUCAAAUGGAUGAUGUUGAAGUUGUUUAUACAAUUGACAUACAAAAGCACAUACCAUGCUACCAGUUGUUCAGCUUUUACAACUUUGUUGGUGAAGUGAAUGAGCAGGCACUGAAGAAAAUAUUAUCAGGCUGCAAAAAGAAUGUAAUAGGUUGGUAUAAAUUCAGACGUAAUUCGGACCAGAUGAUGACGUUCCGGGAGAGAGUGGUUCACAAGAAUUUACAGAUGCACCUCUCAAACCAGGGACUUGUUUUCCUGUUGCUGAGACCUAGCGUAACUACAGAAAGCGGCUCCACUCAUCGACUGGAACAUGCGUUACACAGACCUCAAGAAGGGCUCUUCCACAAAGUGCCUCUAGUGGUUUCCAACUUAGGGAUGUCAGAACAGCAGGGUUAUAGGACCGUGUCCAGUUCUUGUAUAUCUACUAGUUUUGGCAGAGCAGUAAAAACUCACAGGUCAGAGUUUUUUAAUGAAGAUGGAUCUUUAAAGGAAGUCCAUAAAAUUAAUGAAAUGUAUGCUACAUUACAGGAGGAAUUAAAAAAAAUAUGUUCUAAAGUGGAGAACAGUGAGAGGUCAGUAGAGAAACUACUAGCAGAUGUUAACAAACUAAAACAAGAAAUAUCUAAAAGGAAGGAAGAGCGGACUCAGAUCUCAGGUACACAAAAGAGUAACUCAGAAGAAUCAAAAGAGAACAGUUUCCUGUGUCAGGCUUUAAGGACAUUUUUCCCAAAUACUGGAUUUCUUCACUCAUGCAUUGUCUCUUUGAAAAGUAGACACAUUUGUAAAAGUUUCUGCAACACUGACCAUGAGCACAACAUGAAGGAUAAGCUAACUCUAAUGCUAGAAGACGCAGACUCUCCCGAAGCUGAAACACGACAGGUGGUUAAGCGUAGGGCUAUGGCCACGGAGAACAGAAGACCUUUCAAGAAAUCAAGACUGUUGCAGCUCCAGAAUAAAGCUCACGAUAGUGAUCAAGAAAAAAUGUUUUCCAUGAGCAGUACUGAGACAGAUGAAGAUGUUGAGAAACUGAAGGAUACCAAGGAGUAUUCACAAACACAGUCGCCUACUUUCUAAUCCUUUUAUUGGCCAACCAGCCUUUUGCUGAGGUCAUUUAAUCCCGAAGUUAGGACAUUCAAGCAAACCCUAAUUUAAGACAUUUGGAAUUAUAACAAAUGACACCUUUCCAAAUGUAUAUCCUAUUUCAGUUUUACAACAUAUCAGUUUCAACUUUAGCACGUUGCAAAGGUGGUUGGAGUUUGGGGAGGCUCACAGAAACCAUGGGGAAGUGGAAACCAAUUUCCAAAAAUUUCUAGAGAGAGGAGAGAAAAGGGGGAAUGCUUGAAGUGGGCAGGGUUACCAGUCACCAAGGUUGACACAUCCAUUUGAUUUCAGGAUGAAGUAAAUACUAAAUAAACCCUAUUGUGGAACUUCUCUGAUUGCAUAUUAAUACAUAAAUAUUAAUAAUUGGGUAAACAAUUCUUAUUUUAUUUUAAAAUAGGGUACCUGACCAAGGUUCAGCGACCAAUCGCUCCCCCCCCACCACCAUUUUUAACAUUGUUACUUUGAGAAAAUUGGUCUUGACGUAUGUUUCAAUUUUUAAGAUACAGUUUUCAGGAACAAGUUGUGUUGUGUCCAAAGUCUUUGGACUGCCUGCAUAUUAAAUCCUAGUAAUACUUUGGCUAAUUCAUUUCUCAUGUAUUGUUUUAAAACAUUAAAGAGUACUUUUUUAUGUUA